AUGAUCAUCGAAGAUGAGUCGUUCGGUCUUGCUGAUCUUUUGAUUGGCGUAAAUCUGGAUUUUAAGGUGUUACUUUGUACUGGACUCGCCUAUGCGAUUACAGGCAGCUCGGCGAGCAGCGCGUCGGUCGCCUCCAGAUUGUACGGAACAAGAUCUCGAAGAGAUUCUCUUGGUGGAAGUUCAUCAGAAAGCGAUUUGAUCGCAUUUGGAGGAGAUCAAGACACACUCAACGAUUUCAGUUCACAAGUGAGUUCAAGCAAAAGAGUAUUUAAGGGUGGUNCCANGGGUAUCCCCAUCGAAGGAACGACGAUGGAAGAUAUGCAGAGAUUCUUGCCGAAAGAGUCGGUGAUGAGGAUUCUUCCGGAAAUGAAUCAAUUCAACACAUUCACAAAACGAUACUCGGAACUCGAGGAGCGUAACAUAACGAAUGCACAAUCUGGAAGAACAGUUGACGACAACGAAGACCGAUUCAAACAACUUCUGAACGAUGAAAAAACUCGAGGAACUGAAUCAAUUUCAAGAUUGAAAAGAGAAAAGGAACUGGAAACUGAAAGCUGGAAUUUGAAAUAUCAAAUGCUCGAAAAGGAUUUGAAUGCAGCCAAAAAGGAUGUUGAGAGAUCGAAUGAAGAGACGAAAAGAGUUCGAAAUGAGUUGGAAAAAACAGAGAAUAAGUUGGAAGAAGCGCAACUUCUGAUUGAGGGAAUGGAGGAUGAAAGGAUUCAAUUGGAGAGACAAUUCAAGAAAUUCAAGGAAGAAGCUCAACAAGAUAUUGAUUCUAGUAGUGAAAUGGUUGAAGUAUUGGCCAUGGAAACAGAGGAAUUGAGACGGAAAGUGGAUGGACCAAGAUCUGGAAGUAUGUCUGAGCAUAUUGGAGAUAUGCAUGAGGAAAUGGAUGCAUUGAAAGCUAAAGUAGCAGAAUUGAUGAGAGAAAAGGAGGAGAUGGCUGAUCAACUGUUGGCUACUUCAGUGGAAAGAGGAAGAUCUCUUAUUGCUGAUACUCCUUCGCUGGCCGACGAACUUGCUGGUGGAGAUUCAUCUCAACUUUUGGAUGCUCUCCGUGAGCAAGAAAUCUGCAACCAGAAGCUUCGAGUAUACAUCAAUGGAAUCUUGAUGCGAGUCAUCGAGAGACACCCAGAAAUCCUCGAGAUCGGAGAAGAAGGAGUAAGAAUCAUCUCCAAGUUGACGGUGCGCCGGAGAAUCUCAGUCCUCGCCAACUUCGUCGUCUCCACUUCCGGAAGAAUCCUCAUCACCGACUCUUUCGGCAAGAAUCUCUGCAUAUCUUCCAUCGUCGUUCCUUCGAUGGGGAUAGCUGAGAUUGACGAUGUCAUUGGCAACUAA